AUGGACCCCUACUCGGCAGAAGGUGAAUUGAUCAACAUUCACAACUACUUCCAUCAAGGCCAAUACCAGGAGGUGGUCGACUUCGACACGUCGUCCUUCUCCCCCGAGAACGCCGUGCCCGCAAAGGUCCUCGUCCUGAGGGCCCGCAUCGCCCUCGGCCAGGCCAAGGAUGUCGCGAGUGAAGUGAAGGGCGAGUCCGAGCCCGAUCUCCAAGCUGUUGGCGCCCUGGCCGACCUGUCCCUUGGCAACGCCGACUCCGCCGUCAAGACCAUCGAGGGGCUCGCCUCGUCGUCGCCUGACAACGUCACCGUCCAGGUUGUCGGGGGUAUCGUCCUCCAGGCCGCCGGCAAGUCCGAGGAUGCCCUUGCGCUCCUGUCGCAGCACCAGGGAAGCCUCGACGCCGUCUCUCUCAUUGUCCAGAUCUACCUGUCGCAGAACCGAAUCGACCUCGCCCUCAAGGAAGUCACUGGAGCGAGGAGGUGGGCCCAGGACAGCCUUCUUGUCAACCUGGCAGAGUCGUGGGUCGGCCUGAGGGUCGGCGGUGAGAAGUACCAGCAGGCCUUCUACGUCUUCGAGGAGCUCGCCCAGGCCCCCGCCACCUCGUCAUCGUGGAGCCUCGUCUCCCAGGCCGUCUGUGAGCUUCACCUCGGCCGCCUCGAGGAGUCGCAGGCUGCACUGGAGCAGGCCCUCCAGAAGGACCCCGGGCAGGCUGAUGCCAUUGCCAACCUACUCGUCCUGACCGUCAUCUCCGGAAAGGACCCCAAGGAGUUUACAGAAUCACUAAAGAAGGCCAACCCCAAGCACAAGUUCCUGGUGGACCUCGAGGAAAAGAAUGAGCUGUUUGACAAGGCCGCGGCCAAGUACAAGCCCAAGGUGGCGGCAUAG